AUGCUGGUUGUGUUCUUGAGUGUGGUUGAGGUGCCGCUGUCGAGAUCGGUGGAGAAGAGACCUUCAUUUUUUAUUUCCACUAUGACGGAGACCUCUUUGAUUACAAGGCUUACUCUCAUUUUCUACACUCUGUGGACUCUUUCUUGCUUUCGCGUGAUAGAGACCAACCCCUGCAUAGAUUUCGCCUCAGAUCUGACUCUACCUAUGGUCAUCCUCUACAACACUUUUGUAGUUCUCAACUUGAAUUUCAUACAAGUGGAAAAUACUUUCUCUGUUGACUUGCCCUUGCUUAAGAUCUUGCAUUUGAAUAAUAUUUCUUCACCCGAAGGUCCAGAUCUUUCACAGCUUCUCUUUGGGUGUCCUAAUAUUGAGGACUUGGAAGUCAAAGGUUCCUUUCUACAACUAAAGGGAAGUUUAUCAGAUUGCCCAAAUUGGUUAGAGCCAAAAUAUCAACAAAUCCUGGAUUUUGACUUUCAGAAUUUAGUUCGACUUGAAUUGAUUUUACAGCUUAGCAAGGAUUGGCUUGGGGUCUUGGAAGUGCUUGAGCAUUGUCCCAAACUUCAAACCCUUCUCGUUCGCAUUUAUAAGGUUUAAUGAUUUAAGCUUUUCAAUUAUGAUUUUUUUUUUAUCUUUUCUUCAAACAUUAGUGUUAAUUUAAUUUUUUUUAUUGUUGUUAUCAGAGCAGUUUUGAUACAUUUUUGGCAGGCCAAGAAGAAGUAAUUUGGCCAUUCCCACAAUCUGUUCCUGCUUGCA